CAGAACUCUAGGCUUCCGAGGCAUUUCCUCUUUGAGACUGCGUUUCCCAGGGGCCACCACGCCGAAUUAGCAGCCACUUCCGGCACCCGAGGGUCGUUGUCCUGGUGGGGUGAGGCCCCGAGGUCGAGGAAGGACGCCGUGGCUGCCAGAGGCCUCUACUGAGCAGGACACCAGCCGGAGGGACCCGCCAGUGUGGUCGCACCAUUACCCAAAAGGACCCCGAGAAGGAUGAGAGUAUUAUUGCUGCACGUCUAAAGUCAAGGGAGGGGAAGCAUGAGGAAGAUGGACCAAUUUUGUCAUUCUAAAAACAUGGCCUGUGGAUCUCUGUCAUUCGGGGAAGUGGCCAUCAGCUUCUCCCAGGAGGAGUGGGAGUGCCUGGACCCUGCUCAGAGGGCCUUGUACAGGGACGUGAUGUUGGAGACCUACAGCAACCUGGUCUCUCUGGGAAGUUCCAUUUCUAAGCCAGAUGUGAUUACCUUACUGGAGCAAGAGAAAGAGCCCUGGGUGGUUGUAAGGAGAGAAACAAGCGGAUGGUAUCCAGAUAAGCCAUAUGAAUGUAAGGAGUGUGGGAAGUACUUUAGUCGUGGUUCAAAUCUUAUUCAGCAUCAGAGUAUUCAUACUGGAGAGAAACCCUAUGAAUGUAAGGAAUGUGGGAAGGCCUUUAGACUUCUUGUCCAACUUACUCGACAUCAGAAAUUUCAUAGUGGUGAGAAACCCUUUAAAUGUAAGGAAUGUGGGAAAGCUUUUAGUCUUCCUACCCAGCUGAAUCGCCAUGAGAAUAUUCAUACAGGUGAGAGACCAUUUGAGUGUAAGGAAUGUGGGAAGUCCUUUAAUCGUAGCUCAAACCUUGUUCAACAUCAGAGUAUUCAUACAGGCAUAAAACCAUAUGGAUGUAAAGAGUGUGGGAAAGGCUUUAAUCGUGGUUCAAAUCUUGUUCAGCAUUGUCGAAUUCAUACUGGUGAGAAACCCUUUGAAUGUAAAGAAUGUGGGAAGGCCUUUAGUCUUCUGAUAGAGCUUGCACGACAUCAGAACAUUCAUACUGGCAAGAAACCAUUUAAAUGUAAGGAAUGUGGCAAGGCCUUCAGUCGUGGCUCGAAUCUUGUUCAACAUCAGAGUAUUCAUACGGGUGAGAAACCAUAUGGGUGUAAGGAAUGUGGAAAGGCUUUUAGACUUCACCUGCAACUUUCUCGGCAUCAGAAGACUCAUACUGGUGAGAAACCCUUUGAAUGUAAGGAAUGUGGGACAGCCUUCCAAUAUCAGUACCAACUUAUUGAGCAUCAGCGAAUUCAUACAGGUGAGAAGCCAUUUGAAUGUAAAGAAUGUGGGAAGUCCUUUAAUCGUGUCUCAAACCUUGUUCAACAUCAGAGUAUUCAUGCUGGCGUGAAACCAUAUGAAUGUAAAGAGUGUGGUAAAGGCUUUAAUCGUGGUUCAAAUCUUGUUCAGCAUCAGAAAAUUCAUUCUAGUGAGAAACCCUUUGAAUGUCAGGAAUGUGGGAAGGCCUUUAGGUAUCAUUACCGACUUAUUGAACAUCAUAGAAUGCAUACUGGGGAGAAACCCUUUGAAUGUAAGGAAUGUGGAAAGGCCUUUACUCUUCUGACACAGCUUACUCGACAUCAGAACAUUCAUACUGGUGAGAAACCAUUUAAAUGUAAGGAAUGUGGCAAGGCCUUCAAUCGUGGCUCGAAUCUCAUUCAACAUCAGAGUAUUCAUACUGGUGAGAAACCCUAUGGAUGUAAAGAAUGUGGAAAGGCUUUUAGACUUCACCUACAACUUUCUCGACAUCAGAAAACUCAUACUGGCGAGAAACCCUUUGAAUGUAAGGAAUGUGGGACAGCCUUCAGACAUCAGUACCAACUUAUUGAACAUCAGCGAAUUCAUACAGGCGUGAAAUCCUAUGAAUGUAAGGAAUGUGGAAAGAGCUUUAGUCGUGGUAUAGACCUUAGAGUACAUCAGAGAAUUCACACUGGUGAGAAACCCUUUGAAUGUAAAGAAUGUGGAAAGGCCUUUCGACAUCACUACCAAUUUCUUGGACAUUACAGAAUUCAUACUGGUGAGAACCCCUAUGAAUGUAAGGAAUGUGGGAAAUGUUUUACUUGUGGUAGCGAACUUAGAGUACAUCAGAGGACUCAUACUGGUGAGAAACCAUAUCAAUGUAAGGAGUGUGGGAAGGCCUUUAGUCGUAGCUCAAACCUUAUUCAACAUGUUAAAAUUCAUACUGGUGAGAAGCCCUAUGAAUGUAAGGAAUGUGAAAAGGCCUUUAGCAAUAAUUAUGAACUUACUGUACAUCAGAGAAUUCAUACUGGUGAGAAACCUUAUGAAUGUAAGGCAUGUGGGAAAACUUUUAGACUUAGUUCAGUCUUUACCGCUCAUCAGAGAAUUCAUACAGGUAUGAAACCCUAUGAAUGUAAAGAAUGUGGAAAGACCUUUAGUUGUAACUCAAACCUUAUUCAGCAUGAGAGGAUUCAUACUGGUGAGAAACCUUAUGGAUGUAAGGAAUGUGGGAAGGCCUUUAGACUUAGGUCAGUUUUUAUUGCCCAUCAAAGAAUUCAUACAGGUCUGAAGCCCUAUGAAUGUAAAGAAUGUGGGAAAGCCUUCACUGUGAAUGGUCAGCUUACUCGACAUCAGAAAAUUCAUAAUCGUCAGAAGUCCUAUGAAUAUGAGGAAUGUGGGAAAACCACUGGAUAUGAACAACUUAACAUCAGAGAGUUCAUAGUGGCAAGAAAUUCUAUGAGUAUAAAAAAAUGUGGGAAGACCUUUCAUCGUGGAAUGAGAUUUGCUCAACAGUACAGUAUUCCUACUGGUGAGGAAUUUUGA